CACUCCUACACACACACAUGGCUUCAGAAGGUGGAGAAAAAGCAGAGGUUGGAUGCAACCAAGUUGUGGUGGUAGGAAAGCCAAAGGGUUGGGUGAUUGAGUUCAUUCCAUUAGUGAGGAUAAUUACAUUUUUUGCCACGGUAUCAGCAACAAUUGUGAUGGCACUUAACAAAGAAACCAAAACCUUGGUGGUGGCCACUAUUGGAAGCACACCCAUAAAUGUCACUCUCACAGCCAAGUUCCAACACACCCCAGCAUUUGUGUUCUUUGUAAUAGCAAAUGGGAUGGCUAGUUUUCAUAACAUGUUGAUGUUAGUGGCGGACUUCAUUGGGGACAAGUUUGAUUACAAGGGAUUCCGCUUUGUAAUAAUCGCGGUUCUAGACAUGAUGGUACUGGGUCUAGUAUCGGGUGGGGCAAGUGCAGCAGCAUUCAUGGGUGAGCUAGGGAGGAAUGGGAAUUCACAUGCAAGGUGGAACAAGAUUUGCGACAAUUUCCAUACUUUUUGUGACCAUGGUAGUGGGGCCCUUAUCGCUUCCUUCAUUGGGCUCCUCCUUUUGAUCAUCAUCAAUGUGAUGUCCAUCAUCAGACUUCACUACCCAAACUCCAUCAACAAUUCUGUAGUCCCUUGAUCCACUGGAUCCAACCUCUCAUUAUUGGAUCCACUCCCUAUCUAUCCUCUGUUUAUUUUCAAGUU